AGAACACUCUUCCAACACCCAAACCAUGAGUAGCUACAAUCAAUUGCGUAUGGCGGAAAUGAUGGAUAAUCAAAACGCCCGGCAAAAUGAUCUCACGAGGCGAAUGAUGGAGAUGAACAACAGUGCAAGAUUGUCCGACCAGGCAAGAGACGAUCGAAACGCGAUUCGAAGUGAGAAUAAUCUCAAAGAAGUCUACAACAAGUUGGUCAAAGCACAAAAGAAGGAGAACCCAUCGGACAUUACCAUUAGCUUCAGAAGAUAAAAAUUUAAGCACGAUAAUUGUUUUCCCAGCCCGGCUACAAUUUCAAUGGUUUUUUAUUGUUUCUUUACUUUGAAUGAUCACAAUAUGAAUUACAACUUCAACAUACAUAUGAUUCAACUUAUAUCAUUGAAAUAAAUAUUUUUAAUCAUUAA